GAAAUAUUGUGAAGAAAUCGCUCUAGUUAUUUUGUCUAGCCCGGACCUAAAAGAAAUGAAUAGUCUUAAGUAUAGAAUUCAAUUGCAUAAAAUGGAUGUGGCUGAUACACCGCUAAAUUGUGGCUUUCGCACAAGUCGAAAAAAAACCUUAUCCAGCCAACCGGGAGUGGGGGGCGUUGCAAAAAUCGAGAAGCUUCCCGUUCGCUCGGCAUCGGUUCUUAGCGCAUAAAAAAAAAGUUGCAGCGUCAUUGCGACGAGCUACCCGAUUUAUCCUCAAUCCUUAUAUUCAUAAUUCAGUGUCAUACAUAUCAUGAGGAAUUUCAAAAGUUUAGUCGGGUUUCGUUUGUGAUUAGGAGCAGUCAAUAUGAAUUCCACCAUAUUCACAAAAGCAGCGAUACCCUCGCGCAUCGUCUCUCCCACCCAGAUUUAUAGAAGGCAAAGGAUACGAGGCAACUUACGAAAACGCUCACAGACGCAGAGCAAUGCCAUUUGCUAUUUUGCGAAAAGACCAAGUAAUACGAUAAGGCGACCCAUAUGUCAAGAAAUUUUAUUUAAACGAUCUUUCCAUACCACCCCCAAUGCCCUCGCGAUUAAAGACCCGUAUAAAGCCCUAGGUGUUGGAAAAUCUGCUUCGGCGUCCGAGAUCAAGAAAGCCUACUAUGGGUUAGCCAAGAAAUACCAUCCAGAUACCAACAAGGAUCCGUCGGCCAAAGAUAAAUUCGGCGAAAUCCAGUCCGCAUACGAAAUCCUAUCCGACCCGAAGAAGAAAGAGCAAUAUGACCAAUUCGGAGCUGCUGGCUUCGAUCCCAGUGGCGGACCCCAACCAGGAGGUGGUGACCCAUUUGGAGGCGCGGGUAACCCUUUCGCAGGCUUUGGUGGGCAAGGUGGUUUCGGUGCGAACUUCAACUUCGACGAUCUCUUUUCCGCAUUUACUGGUGGACGAGGUGGUCCUUUUGGUGGGGGCGGCCGUAGCGGGGGAAGGAACCCAUUUGCGCAGGAGAUCCUCGUCGGCGAGAACAUCGAAGUACAAACGAGCAUAUCUUUUAUGGAGGCAGCAAAAGGAACGAGUAAAACAAUGACGAUACAUCCUCUAGUGCGAUGUAACACUUGCUCUGGUAGCGGCCUCAAGCAAGGUGCCAAACGAACCGAGUGUAGAUCUUGUGGUGGCACGGGCACACAAGUACACUUUAUGACCGGUGGUUUCCAGAUGGCGUCUACCUGCGGAACUUGCAAGGGUAGCGGUCAAGUUGCGCCUAAGGGAUCCGAUUGUGGCGCAUGUUCCGGGGCCGGUGUUGUCAGGGAUAGAAAGACUAUUACUGUCGAUAUCCCUGCAGGUAUUGAAGAUGGAAUGAGAUUGCGAUUAGACGGAGAGGGUGAUGCGCCCGUCACUGGAGGCACAACAGAUGCGAAUGCCAAGACAGCUCGAGGCGACCUCUACGUUUUCGUCAGAGUUGCGUCGGAUCCAAAGUUUAAGCGGGCUGGAUCUGAUAUACUUUACACAGCAACUAUUCCGUUGACCACGGCGAUGCUUGGUGGUGAGGUAACGAUUCCUACGCUGGAUGGCCAAGUCAACGUAAAGGUCGCCACAGGUACAAACACUGGCGACAAGAUCACGCUGCCGGGUAUGGGUAUGAAGAAACUAGGUGCUCGACGCAGCAACUCCGGAGACUUACUGGUCGAAUUCCGCGUUGGUAUGCCGAAGUACCUUUCCGCCAACCAAAGAACGAUCCUGGAGCUAUUAGCCGAUGAGAUGGGUGAUAAGACGGCCAAGCGAAUAAUGAAUGUUAAGAUGCCUAGCUCCGAUGGCUCGACUCAAAAAGCAGCUUCAAAAGACGACGAUCCCGCGUCACAUAAGAAUGAGUCAUUCUUGAAAUCGAUAUGGCAUAACUUAACAAAUCACCCAGCUCAUCAAAAACCAGAAGACCAGGCGCCUACUAGUCAAAAUAAAUCCGACGAAAAACAUAAAAAGAACUCAGAUUCUGGUUCGGGCUAAACUCAACACCGAUUCCAACCAAAAGACAUCCCCUCGAUGAAUUGAACAACAUACGCCUCCCUACCUAGUUAGCGAUGCAUGACUGAUAUAUACUCUCAUGGCUGCGAUAUAGGCAAUAGGUGACAAACAUAGCACGUGAAAUAAUAGAU